ACGUUUCAAUUUAUAACCACACCUUCGUUGUUUACACCCAAAACCUGAAUCAUCGUUUUAAUAACUUCUUAAUAACUUUAAUUUUUUUAUUUUAUAAAGAUUUAAUCAAAAAUGAGUUACGGAAUGAAAUCGCCAAGCCACGGAACUCCGAGCGUUUAUUCGCACGUCACCACAAGAAGUAGCGCAAAUUUACGAAGCAGUCGCAGCAUAAAAUCGCUAAAAGUGCCUUGGUAUCAUAAACCGAUCAUAGAAAAAUCGAUUUUCUUAGAUGUGCAACGUAGCUGUAUGGUUACAGCGGUUUUUUCGCUGCUUUUAUCGAUUUUUACGAUCGUUACUGGGAUAUUCGAUAUUUAUUGUUAUGCGAUGGCAGCCCCUGGAUCAACACAUUACGGUUAUUAUUUGAUUUCGUACGAAUUCGUUUAUGUUGGAAAUAGACAUGUGAGAAAUGCAUUGAAUAUGUUUGCCGUUUUUUCCGUUUUAUUUGGAAUUGCAGUUUUUAUAACCAGCAUUAUGUUAAUUGUUGCUUUAAGACAGGAAUAUGAGAAACGAAUGGUUCCUUGGUUAGUGGCGUUUUUAAGCUUUACAAUUCUCCGAUUUUUGGCCUUUUUAUUCUUUGCGUUUGUAAACGACUUAAUAUUCGCCUACAACAUUUUUAUGGUCAUUCUAUGGAUCACUUUCUUUUUGUUAUCCGUUUAUGGAUGGUUGUUGGUUUAUUCGUUUUACAUCGAAUUGAGCGAUAUUUCGAAAUUGGAGGAUUUGGCUAAUUUGCGGCUUAGAGAAAGAUAGCAAAUAAUGGGUAAGAUUUAUGUUGAGAGAAUUCGCUAACAUGGUCACUGCUUUUUUAGGAAAAAUUCAAGAAUGAUCAUAUUGCUUAAAAAUCGACGAUUUUUUUUUAAUCAAUAUCAAAUGACCAAAAAACAACGAAAAAUCAUUUUAAAGUUUUGAUGUGACGACAAUGUUAACCUAAGACUUAUAUACAGGGGGUUUUAAUCUAAAUCAUCUGAAAGAGGAUUAAAAAUCCUUUAAAAUGAGCCCAAACACGACAUAUUUAUCUUAAAAAAUA